CCGUCGCCCCGCGCAAUCCGCCGCCAUCCGCCGCGCCCCGCGCCCAUCGUCCCUCCGCACCCGGCUCCGCAGGCACCCCCGGCUCCCCGCCACCACCACAGGUGGGUAUCGGGGGCCGGCGGCGGCGGCGGCCGCGGAUAUUCGGGGCGGCAGAUCGGGAGCGGCGCAGAGCAAUUUCCUUACUAGAUGACAUUUCAUCGCAAUGUCCGAUCGUUUGGGGCAAAUAACCAAGGGAAAGGAUGGGAAAAGCAAGUACUCGACUCUCAGCCUGUUUGAUAAGUAUAAAGGAAAGUCAAUAGAAGCUAUCAGAACUACAGUUAUUCCUAGACAUGGCUUACAGAGUCUUGGGAAAGUUGCUGCUGCCCGGCGCAUGCCACCUCCUGCAAAUUUGCCUAGCUUGAAGUCUGAGAACAAAGGAAACGACCCCAACAUCAUUAUAGUACCCAAGGACGGUACAGGAUGGGCAAACAAGCAGGAUCAGCCAGACCAAAAGAGUUCCAGUGCGACGGCUGCACAGCUGCAGGAGUCGCUGCCGCAGCAGGGUUUGCAGAAAUCUGUCUCCAAUUUACAGAAACCGACACAGUCAAUCAGUCAGGAGAGUACAAAUUCAGUGCCAGGUGGACCAAAGUCAUGGGCACAGCUGAAUGGAAAGCCAGCAGGACAAGAAGGUGGUUCAAGGGCCUCAAGCCGACUGUUAUCCUUCUCUCCCGAGGAAUUUCCGACGCUGAAAGCAGCUGGCGAGCAGGACAAGGUUGGCAAAGAAAAGGGCGCCUUAGAUCCGUCGUAUGGGCCAGGACCAAGCCUCCGCCCCCAGAAUGUCACCAGUUGGAGGGAGGGCGGUGGGAGGAACGUCACCUCUGCCACAUCUCUGACCGCCUCCCCUGCUGAGCUGGGCAGCAAAACCCCCAGCUCUGGAGACGGGGCCCCCUCCUCAGCCAGCGCCAGCGAUGCCAAGGAGCCGUCUCUCCGCCCAGCCCAGCCCCUCCGCAAAGGGGCCUCGCAGUUCAUGGGAAAUGUCUACCAGCCACCCACCUACCAUGACAUGCUGCCUGCUUUUAUGUGUCCACAGCAGCCAUCUGAGACCCCUGCACCGCUGGAACGAGGGUCUUUCCCCGUUCCUCAGCUUCGGCUUGAGCCCCGGGUACCUUUCAGACAAUUCCAGAUGAAUGACCAGGAUGGAAAAGAGAACAGGCCCAGCCUGUCUCGCCCAACGCGCCCAGUUCGGCAGCAGCUGGAGCGAGUGCCCCGGCCCACCAUCAUCAAUGCAGAGAACCUGAAGGGGCUGGAUGAGCUGGACAAUGAUGCAGAUGAUGGAUGGGCAGGCAUUCAUGAUGAAGUGGAUUAUUCUGAGAAACUGAAGUUUAGUGAAGAUGAAGAAGAGGAAGAAACUCUUAAAGAUGGACGACAGAAGUGGAACAGCUGGGAUCCCAGAAGGCAGCGACAGUUGUCCCUGAGCUCUGCAGACAGUACAGAUGUCAAGCACACCUUGGAGGAGGGAAAGAAUUGGAAUGAUUCAGCUGGCUUGUCCCGGCCAGUCCGGAAAGCACAGGAUCCACAGCAGCCUCCAAGGAAGCUGAAUGGCUGGAGCUCUGCCUCAGAAUACCAGAAGCCUGCACUGGGAAGUGUUCUCAGACAGCAGUCCAUAGAGGAUAAAGAAGAAAAGGUGCCUGUGAGACAGAAGUUUGUGCACUCUGAGAUCUCUGAGGCUGUCGAGAGAGCCAGGAAGCGACGGGAGGAGGAGGAGCGGCGAGCCAGGGAGGAGCGCCUGGCAGCCUGUGCUGCAAAGCUCAAGCAGCUUGAUCAGAAAUGCAAACUGGCUCAGAAGAAUGGGGAGACACAGAAACACACAGAGAAUGAGGAUGUGCGACCUCCCAGCACAGAGAAAAACACUACACAAGAGAAUGGCCAUGCUUUCCGUAAAGCAACCCCUGAGUUUCACACACAGGAUGCCUCUGUUGGCUAUCUGGAAGAGGAGAGUCCUGCUCCAGCAGCAGCAGCAGCCCAAAGCAGCAGUGAGGAGGAGCUCAGAGAAGCUCCCUCACCAGCACAAGAAUUCAACAAAUACCAGAAGUCUCUUCCCCCACGAUUCCAGAGGCAGCAGCAGCAACAGCAGCAGGAGCAGCUGUACAAGAUGCAGCACUGGCAGCAGCAGGUGUAUCCUCCUCCAUCCCACUCCCAUCCCCAGAGGACGUUCUACCCGCCGCACCCGCAGAUGCUCGGCUUCGACCCCCGCUGGAUGAUGAUGCCGUCCUACAUGGACCCUCGCAUGGCCCCCAGCCGCACCCCCGUGGAUUUCUACCCUUCAGCCCUUCACCCUUCAGGAAUUAUGAAGCCCAUGAUUCAGCAGGACUCCAUCAGUGGGAGCAGCUGUCGGUCUGAAGAUCAGAACUGUCAGGCAGGGCAGGCAGAGAGGAAAACUGCUCCCUUGGAUCCUGUGCCAGUGUGGGGCCAGGACAGCUACACAUCCCUGCAGAGCAAAGGAUACUCCCUGUCACAUCAGAAACAGGCUGACAACAUGAGCAUGGAGGGGCUGCAUGCCAGGAAUGAAAGUUACUCUGCUUCUGGAAGACCAGAGAGUCUGAGCACUCAGCGAGAUCUCUUUGAGGAGAGAGGGGAGGAGUAUUUGAAUGCUUUUGACAAGAAGGCCCAAGCAGACUUUGACAGCUGCCUCUCUUCUCAGAGGAUAGGCCAGGAUCUCCUGUUCCAGCACCAGGAGAGUGUGCAGGAAGCCUGUCCUGCUGGCAGCCGCCAUGCAAACCUGAGGUGCUCACCUCUGGAGCCUGAUUUUAUCCAAGCAGAGAAGAAGCCUGAGUAUAACGGUUGGGAUAUCAACCACCAUCAGAAACCUGCAGAGACAGCAGCAGAAGUUGCUGAAGAAGUACCCCGGGAUGAGCAGUCCUUCAGUGCUGACCCCUGGAAGAAAGAAGGAGCCAAUCCCAAGCAGGCCACUGAGGAGACCCCAGAGUGGGCUCCUGAGAGCCGCAGCACCAGCGGGCAGCCCCCGGAGCAAAUGGGGAGGACACGGCGGUCGGGCCCCAUUAAAAAACCAGUCCUGAAAGCCCUCAAGGUGGAAGAGAAGGAGAAGGAGAUGGAGAAGGUUAAACUGGAAGGAGAGGACAGCUCACGCCCGCUGAAGGAGAAGGCAGCUGUUCAGAAGGUGGAAAAUGAGUCAGAUGACUCUGCUGCCUUGCUGAACUCCACGCGUUACCUACUGGAUGACAAAGCUUCUUCCCAAACCAGCCUUGCACGAGAGGCUGAGAAAUCCCAGGAGGAAGAAGAAGAGGAGGAAGAAGAAGAGAAGCCAGAAAGAACCUGGGAGAACAAACUAUCCAGAGAAAGCAAUGAUCUCCCUCCCACAAAAAGAAACAACUGGAUCUUCAUCGAUGAGGAGCAAGCCUUUGGUGGGAGAGGUCAAGGACGUGGGCGAGGGAGAGGCUUCAGAGAGUUCACUUUCAGAGGCCGAGGCACGGUUGUGAGCAGCAGGGGGGUCUACAACAGCAACAACAACCAGAGGAGCAGCCGGGGCCGAGGGCUGCGGGAGUUCAACCAGCCAGAGGAUUUCCCCAGGGGCAAGCCAAGGCGCCGGAUUGCCAGCGAGACACACAGCGAAGGCUCAGAGUAUGAGGAGCUCCCCAAGCGUCGCCGGCAGAGGGGCUCUGAGAACAGCAAUGAAGGCUCUGUGCUGGACAGGGAGGACAGUGAUUUGAAAAAGGGAGACUUCAAAGAGUCUUGGAGGUCCAACAAAAUCUAUUCAGAUGAUCACAAUAGCCUGGAUCCUAAGAUGAGGGCUCCAAGAGCCUUUGGGAGAUCACUGCCACCGAGACUGAGCAACUCUGGCUAUGGGAGAAGGGGGUUCAUGGGUAAGGAGCCCACCCAGUGGCAGGGCAGGAGUGGGGGAGGAGGGUGGCAAGAGUACGGCCACUCGUCUCCAUCAGACACCUUUGGGAGCAGGCAGCAGUCUGACAGGGACUACAUUCAGGAUUCUUACAAACACACGGAUUCCUUCUCCAGCCGGGUUUUUGAUGAGAGUCAUCUGGAUGACAAAAGGCACUUUUUCCAGGAGGAUUACUCAGCAGAUCAGGAGAACAUAGAGAACAGGCCCUUCAGGAGGCGGCGUCCUCCCCGCCAGGACAAACCCCCACGGUUCAGACGCCUCAGGCAGGAGAGGGAAUCAGUCGGGCAGUGGAACACCGAGGAGGGAGGCCCAAAUCUGCUGCCCAGCCAGUGGCCAGGCAGAUCCAAACUGGGCACUGCAGAGAAGAGCAGCAUCUCGGGCAGACGCUCCCCUGAGCUGUCCUACCAGAACUCGUCAGACCAUGCCAACGAGGAGUGGGAGACGGCGUCUGAGAGCAGCGACUUCAGCGAGCGGCGGGACAGAAGAGAUGGAGCCCCAGAGAGUGAGGGCCAGCUGGAAGGUGGCCUCAGCACUGGGAGCUUGGGAGAGAAGAGGGAGCUGGCAAAGAGGAGCUUCUCAAGCCAGAGGCCGCUGGUGGACAGGCAGAGCCGCAAGGCUGAGCCGGCAGGGUUUGCAGAGCAGUCUGUCAGGACUGGUGUGGGAGCAGCUUCCAGAUAUGAGAGCCAGCAGAAUGGGACCCUGAUAAAGAGCAAAAGGUCUACAGAAGAAGGAGGAGGCCUUGGCAACACCGGUGGUGGGAGCAGCCACUCCAUUUACAGCUUGGAUAGGGCCUCCCAUGUGAACUCAGAGAGUGCUGAGGGGCCAGGUAAAAAGCCAGAGAAGGAGCACAAAUCCACUGCACAAAGAGCAAGUGAGAAGGGAGAGGCCUUGUCACAGUUUGAACUGAGUUAUGGAAGUACCAUCAUUGAUAAUCGGGUGUCAAGCACAGCAGAAGAGAAUGAAGUUGGUUCCAUGGCAGGGGAAGGCUUCAUUGAGGUUCUUACUAAAAAGCAGCGUCGCUUGCUGGAAGAGGAGCGAAGGAAGAAGGAGCAGGCUGCUCAGGCACCAGCCAAGGCCCGCGUCCUUCAGUCGCGCAUUCCUCCACGAUUUGCUAAGAAGCAGAACAGCCUGUGCUUGGAGCAGAGUGAUGUGACAGUGUCUGGAAACAGCCUGGGCACGGAGAUCUGGGAGAGCAACAGCCCAGCACUUUCUGUUCAGUCUCCUGGCAGUGAUUCCUGGAGCAAGCCUGUAAAUACCUUUAAUGGUACUGAGUCCAGCACUGAGCAGGGAUUUAAAGGCAGCCAGGGGGAUAGUGGCAUUGACUUGAGCGCGGAGUCUCGGGAAUCCUCCGCGACCUCCUCUCAGCGCAGCUCUCCAUAUGGCACCCUCAAACCAGAGGAGAUGAAUGGGGCUGGCCUGGUGGACUCAAAGCCUGACUGCCAGAAGGAGCAAGUGCAGAAGCAAACUGAUAAAAAGGAUUCAGAUCAAGGCUCAGGACAGAACAAGGAACACAAGCCCGGACCCAUCGGCAACGAACGCUCCCUGAAAAACAGAAAGGGUUCGGAGGGAACAGAGCGGCUGGAAGGGAAUAUUCCCCCUGUUAAUGGGGUGGAAAUUCACGUGGAUUCUGUACUUCCUGUGCCACCCAUUGAAUUUGGAGUAAAUCCUAAAGACUCUGACUUCAGUUUGCCACCUGGUUCUGCCUCUGGCACUGCAGCUAACCCUGUCACCAAAUUGCAGGAUGCCUUGGCCAGUAAUGCAGGGUUAACACAGUCCAUUCCCAUCCUGCGAAGGGAUCAUCACCUCCAGCGCUGCAUCGGCCUGAACCCCAUGUCCUUCCCCACUGCUGACCUUACUCUUAAGAUGGAGUCUGCUCGUAAAGCUUGGGAAAACUCUCCGAGUUUACCAGAACAGAACUCCCCAGGAGGUGCAGGCUCAGGCAUCCAGCCUCCUUCCAGUGUUGGAGCUUCCAACGGUGUCAGCUACAGCUCUUUUGGUGGAGUUUCUAUGCCUCCCAUGCCUGUGGCAUCUGUAGCACCUUCUGCAUCUAUUCCAGGUAACCAUAUUCCACCCCUGUACCUGGAUGGCCACGUGUUUGCAAGUCAGCCCCGCCUGGUCCCUCAGACGAUACCUCAGCAGCAGAGCUACCAACAGGCUGCUGCUGCUCAACAGAUUCCCAUUUCCCUCCACACAUCCUUACAGGCCCAAGCUCAGCUUGGACUGAGGGGUGGUCUGCCUGUGUCCCAGUCCCAGGAGAUGUACAGCUCCAUACAGCCCUUCAGGUCUCAGGUGUACAUGCACCCCAGUCUGUCCCAGCCCAGCACCAUGGUCCUGACAGGAGGCACUGCUCUGAAGCCUCCAUAUUCCGCCUUCCCAGGCAUGCAGCCCUUGGAGGUGGUGAAAACCCAGUCUGGGUCCCCCUAUCAGCCCAUGAACGGAAGCCAGGCACUGGUUUAUGAGGGGCAAAUAAACCAGGCUGGUAUGGGAGCCUCCCAGAUGAUGGACUCUCAGCUCACACAGCUGACAAUGCCUGUGCCUGGCUCCCAGCUGCCUCUGCCCCGCUACGGCUCUGGCCAGCAGCCCCUGCUUCUGCCACAGUCCAUCCAGCUUCCCCAGGGGCAAAACCUGCCUGUAGGAGCUCCCCGAAGAAUCCUCCCUCCUGGAUCCCAGCCUUCUGUUCUUGCUGCCAGCAGGGAGUCCUCCCAGAUGGAAAUGAAAGGGUUUCAUUUCUCCGAUGGUAAACAGAGCAUGUCCUCCGGAGGGUCAGUCCCGUCCCCACACACGUACAGAAUUUACUCCAUGAAUGUUGUCGACUCUUCGAUUUCCAGGCCUAGCUCUGCCAGCCCCAGCGGGAAGCCGUCGGGACCAGCAGUGAGCAUGGGCUCUGUGCAAGGACACUACGUCCAGCAGGCAAAGCAGCGGGUGGAUGAUAACAAAGCCAGUCUGGGAGCAGUGAAGCUGCAGGAAACAGCCUCCACAAACCAGAUGAAGCCAGUGCGCACAGGAGCGAUCAAACCUCAGGCAGUCAAAGUGGAGGAGAGCAAGGCCUAGGAGCACCUGAUGCCUGCCUGGUUCUGCUGCCUGAGAGGCACCACAGCUUAGACUGGACCCCACUGGAUCUCCUGAAAAUCUCACCAGAUCUAUCCCCACCCCACACUGACUGACUACAGCAACAUCAUUCAAGCCCCUCUCCCAACAAAGCAGUUUGAAACAGUGGAUAUGACAUUGACCUGCUUGCUUUAAAACAAACCAAUCAUGUGACUUUUAAGUGGCUUUAGCCAUUUUUUUUUUUUAUUUUCCCCCCUCCCCAUGCCCCAUCCACAGGUAGCUGUGAUUGCUCACUUGGCAAAGCCCGUCCUUCUCCUUCCCUACUUCUGUCUCAGCAGAGUGGCAACUGGGGGAGAGGGGUUUAGUUUGAGGUUUUUCAUUUUAAAGGCAGCUGAGGUUUUUACAAAAAAGCUGUAUCUUUGUUUAUAGCAGAACUUUUAUAUGUUCUCUCAUUCCCCCCUUCUUUCUGCUUUCCUCAUUCCUUUCAGAAAAGAAUUCCCUUCAGCUAAAAUGGUGUUCUGACAAAACUCUGCUUAGUUUUGUAUAUGGUUCUGUGCUAUGUUGAGAGUUCGAGUUUGUUUGGGUGUAUUUCCCCAGAUGAUUUAGCCUUUCAGACUAUUUGAUUAAAAAAAACAGGACAGAUAUGAUCUGUUAAUUUUUCAGUAUUUUUGUUUUAAGCUAGAGGCAGUGCUUGCAGUAGGAGGAAACAUGUACUAAAGAUAUGUAGUACAUCAAUGCAUAAAUCCUGAAACUUGCACCACUUCAACACAGCUUUGGGGUGCUUUGUGCACAACAAAAUUUAGCAUUUUCAUUUUAAGGAAAAAAACUGAAACCACCAGAUUUCUGUUGCAAGCUCAUACAGAUCUAGGUGUUUAUUUUUUCCUUUUUGUGCGUUUCGGAUUUUUUUAGUGACUGCAAAACACUCGCCAAAACGUAAAUCAUAGAUUUACAAAGUGUAAUGUUUGUUAGGAAGAAAAAAAUUCUCACAGCACAUGGGUCAGAAGAGUUGGCUAGAGCCAACGGGUCUGUAUGGACUACUUUUUGUAGUUGUGAUGCUCUCUCAUGCUCCCUGCCUUGGCUGCUCGAAUUCUUCGUGUCUCCUGAGACUUGUCCUAUAUUGUGUUCACCCUCGGGGCUGCUCUCCUAAGCUUUGCUCUUUUCCCUGAGUCUUGCUUUCUAUUCCUCUAUUCCAUGGCCUUUUGUAAAAUUUGCAUAGAGAUUCGUUGGUAAGGGAGCCCCUCUGCAAGGCACACUUGGAACCUCCUGGUCUGGGUUGGAAGCUCAUGGUUCCAGAGGCAGAUUGGAAAAAUCCUUCUCCUCUCCUUCCCCAGGUGAACAGCAAAGGGUUCUUUACUCUGAUGCAGUUGCAUAUAGUGUGUGUACAGCAUCCUCACCUCACCACUCCUCUCCAGUAUUUGAUGAUCUACACAAGGAAGAUCCCAGUGGGAGAGGUUGGGUUUUAUUUCUUUGGCAGUUUGGUUUUGGUUUAUGUGAGUGUGCGUGUGUGUGUGCGUGUGUGUACGUAGAUUUUUUUUAGGAUGGACCUAAAAGUUCCUGAAAGGACUUGGAGUCUUUCACCUGAUGGUAGUCUAAAGUAAAAACUACUUUCAGCUAACUUGGUUUGUGUUGUUUAGCUCUUUCAAAAUGUAAAGUAGGCUGGUCACUCUGAAGUGAGGGACAGAACCGUUUUUGGAGAUGGUGGCUUGCUCACAGGCUGUGCAUCAGCCUCUGCUGGGUGGCAGAAAGUCAUUUGGUGGUGGUUCCAAAGAAGAUAUUUUGAACAAAGAAUGUAUUGGGGAAGGGAUCUGAAAGGUGUUCUUGUUUUUUUGUUUGCUUUUUUCCCCC